AUGGUGAAGUUAGACUUCUCGUCGGGUGGCGAUGAGGAGGAGGACAAGGAUUUAACCAAGGAAUUCGUGAUGGAUGAGACACCGAUGGAAGAAGAAGCAACGACACAAGCAGUGAAGCAAGUAGCAACAACGACAAAAGAGACGUAUAAGGACGCGGUUGUGAACAAAGUUAUAGAUGUAAAGGACGUUGUAAAGGAGAAAGUCAUGCAGCAAACUGGAAUGCCUGAAUGGGCGUUCGUCUUCCUCGGAAUCGUAUUCAUCUUCUUCGUGCUCGCGUGCGCCUUCUUCAUCAUUCGCAAGUUAUUCGGAAAGAAACGACACGGAGAGAAGAACAAAAAGGGUGGAUUGAAGGGAUUCUUUGGAAAAGGACAAGAUGUUGUGGAUGGUAAAAAUAUUCAAGGGAUGGCUCAAGACUUGGAAGAGCUCGGAGACGCAAUGGAACAGAACGAGAAGGCUCAAGCCGAGGAGAAAGAAGAAGUCAAACUAGGAAGGAUACAAUACAAACUUGACUAUGAUUUCCAACAAGGACAACUCACCGUAACUGUGAUUCAAGCCGAAGACUUGCCAGGAAUGGACAUGUCAGGAACUUCCGAUCCAUAUGUCAAACUUUAUCUCUUGCCAGAAAAGAAGAAGAAAGUCGAAACGAAAGUGCAUCGCAAGACUUUGAAUCCAGUCUUCAACGAGACUUUCAUCUUCAAAGUAGCAUUCAAUGAAAUCACUGCCAAAACCCUCGUAUUUGCCAUUUACGAUUUCGACAGAUUCAGUAAGCACGAUCAAAUCGGACAAGUUCUGAUUCCACUGGGAAAGAUCGAUUUGGGUCAGGUUAUUGAAGAGUGGAAGGAUAUCGCACCACCUCCAGAUGACAAAGAAGCCGAGAAGAGUCUCGGAGACAUCUGCUUCUCUCUCCGAUACGUUCCAACUGCUGGAAAGCUGACUGUCGUCGUUCUUGAAGCCAAAAAUCUCAAGAAAAUGGACGUCGGUGGUCUUUCAGAUCCAUAUGUGAAAAUCGUGUUAAUGCAAGGCGGAAAACGAUUGAAAAAGAAGAAGACGUCGAUCAAGAAGUGCACUCUUAAUCCCUACUAUAACGAGUCGUUCAGCUUCGAAGUGCCUUUCGAACAAAUUCAGAAAGUGUCCCUUAUGAUUACUGUGAUGGAUUAUGAUAAACUCGGAUCAAACGACGCUAUUGGACGGUGUCUUCUUGGAUGUAACGGAACUGGUGCCGAGCUCAGGCACUGGAUGGACAUGCUGGCCUCUCCACGUCGUCCAAUUGCCCAAUGGCACACUCUCGGACCAGUCGAGGAAGAAGGUGAUAAGAAGGACGAGAAGAAAUAA